UAAAUAUCAAACAAAAAAGCACGAAUUGUUCCACUGUUACUUGCUUUGGGUGUAUUCAUUUUUUUAAAUGUAGUCUUAAAAAUUGAAACAUCUCUGUCUGGAAUGUCGGUCCAUCGACAGUUGUCAGCGCGACUCACAUCGUCACAUGUUACGUAUUCAAAGAUGGCGGCGCCCUGUGUAGGGUAGUGUGGUGUUUCUCUGGUGUGUUUUUCCCUUGUUAGGUUAGCUGUCUCCAUGUCAGUCUCGGUGGAUCUGCGUUAGUUCUUCCUCCCGCCAUUAUGUCUCUGCAGUAGCGUCUUCAGUGAACCUGGAGGUUUGAUAACAGGAAGCUGCAGGACACAGACAGAGUAAAGAAUGUUCGCGUCCGCUUGCUCGAAGCUUCUCCGCCGGCUCACUUUCCCCAUCCGGGGACAGAGGACGCUCAGUCUGUUCUCCAGCACUGGAUCGUCUAGCUGGAGUAAAGUUGUCUCUGAUGCGGAGAAGAUCGUGGGGUACCCCACCUCCUUCAUGAGUCUGCGCUGUCUUCUCAGCGACGAGCUCAGCAAUGUGGCCAUGCACAUCCGGAAGCUGGUCGGGACUCAGCAUCCCCUGCUCAACACUGCAAGGGGCUUUGUAUACGACAGCAAGAACAACCUUCAGAUGAGGGGGCUCAUCGUCCUGCUCCUGUCAAAGGCUGCAGGCCCUAGCCAUGCAGCCGAUGAUGCUCUGGGUCAGGACAUGGUCAGUGGCAUCUACCCCAGCCACACGCUCCCGUCUUUGGGAAGGAAAAGGAAAAGGAGAGGGGUAGUGGGCGCAGGCAGCGAGGAGAAACGUGCAGAUGGUCAAAACUUAGAACACGCUGUCCGUCAAAUACCACACACUGCAGUUCAGAGAAAUCUGGCAGAAAUCGUAGAGCUGAUCAACACAGCGUUCUUGGUGCAUCGUGGGGUUGUAAACCUGAAGGAGUUGACCGUUUCUGACGGCCUGCUGAAGGACAUGGAAUUUGGGAAUAAGAUGGCGGUUCUAAGUGGCGACUUCCUGCUGGCAAACGCAUGUACGGGACUCGCUCAGCUCAACAAUACUGAGGUUGUUGAGCUGAUCUCCAGUGCCAUUGGCGAUGUAGUUCAAGGAAUCUAUUAUGAGAAUUACAGUAGUGCAGAGGAUGGGCUGAUUGAUGGGGUUGAUGUGGCGUCCUGGAAGGAGCACAUCUUCCUGACCCACGGGGCGCUGCUCGCCAAGAGCUGUGAGGCUGCCAUGCUACUCGCCAAGCACGACAAGCAGGCCCAGAUGCUGGCGUACCUGUACGGCAAACACCUGUCACUGGGCCACAAACUAAACUCUGACCUGCAGCCCUUUGUAAAAGGUGGGAUGGGACAGCCAGUGACGUUCAGCCUGAACGCCGCCCCGGUGGUUUUCCACCGCCAGCUCGUUGGCAAAGACAGAUGGCAUCAGCAGCUGCAGCAGGCAACAACUUUAAGCAACCAGCUGGAUUACUCAAAGCUUUUGGCAACAGUUAAAUCAGAGAAAGGCGUGAGCUCAGCGCUGGAUUUGUGCUGUUUCCAUAGCAACAAGGCUCUGGAGGCCAUCAAGGCUUUCCCUUCCUCCAAGGCUCGAUCCGCCCUGGAGAACAUCGCCUUUGCCGUCACGAAAUUUUGACCCGGACAUGCGCCUCGUGUCCUUUUCUGCUCCGCAGAGACUAAUGAGCUUACUUUGAUCCAGGUGCUCUGGAAGUGCAAUGUCUACAAAUGGCCUACACUGAAUAAAAACACAUUUCUAUAUAUUUCGUCAGUUCUGAUUUGUUUCCUGCACACUGCAUUUUUUAAAUCUGCCCAUUUGUAGUUGCUUUGCUUUUAUUCCCCCCUGGAAGUACACGAUCCAAGGUGAAAAAGUGUCAGGAAAAUGAACAAUUUUGGUUUUAAAGUUUUUAGUUCAAAUUCAUUUGUGUCAGCUUGUCAAUAAAGUUCAACUUGACUGUAAAAGAGGGACUGUCACUGAUCAGCGAAAAUGACUGAUGUUUCCUUAUGAUGUCUGUCUCCGGUCUCUGUGAUCCAAAUCAACGCAGGCUCAGGGAAAGGUCACCCGUCCUCUCCUCUUAGCCCAGCCAGUGAGUACACUGAAGCUCAGCCACGCCAGUAAUAAUUAAUGAAAAGACCUGAGCAAAUGGACAGGAAAUGCAGAGGUAUUGAUUGGGCCGACUGCCUUGCUCUAAGUCGUACAAUGCUGGCGCCAGCCUGGUGGCCUGUGGUUUCCCAGGCUGCUGUCUGCGGAGGGAAAAGAGGAGGAGGGGGAAAGGUGUGAAACCAGGACACCUCUGGCAGCUGUCUGUCACAUCCACACAUGAAGGACGGAGCACUGGAAAAUAAGAGAAGUCACAAGUUAUUCAAUAUUUAUGACUUCAAGCGUAAAAGUGUACCAACGAAAGCACUAAAUGUUAAAACACAGUUUAUCAUUUGGCAUUUAAAUUAUCCUUUGGAUGGGCAUAACUGUGUGAUAUUACAUGACCUGAACGUGAUAGUCUCAAAAUUGAGAAAGCCUCAUGGACCAGAGGUCUGGAGCCACAUGUGACUCUUAUCCAUUCAUUGUGGCUCUUUGGCUUUGACAAAAAUGCUAUCAAUUUGAGUAAAAAGUGGCUUUACAGUUUGUGCUUGUGUUGCCAUUUAUGUUCAGAUUUUUGACAUAAAAUACGGUAAAAGGUUUGAUGUAUUAUCAUUGGUUUAUUAUUCUAAAAUGUGUAAAGCACGUAUUUGUAUUUUCUGCUGCACAACAGUGUUUUGUUGCUGUUAAGAGGCUAAGUGAUAAUAUGAUAGAAAGUAAGAAAAAAGUAUUGUACAACAAUGUUGUCGUGUUUAUUUUUGAUAGUAAAAUUAGAAAAAGUAUGAGCGCACCAAAGUGAUAAUGGUGGAAAAUGUCAGGAUUGAAUUUCUUGCCGUUUUAAUUCAAGUAUAUGUCCUCCUUUGUGGGUCAAUAAAGGAGUAUCUUAUUGA